AUGUUAAGAGACAUACUCAUACUGGGUACGAAGCACACGAAAGCACAAGAGAUGUGCUUCAAAGAAGACUUCAACAAACUCGACGUCAAUCGCACUCUCCAGAUAAUCGAGAUGGUAGAAGAUAACGAAAAGACAAUCAAACACAUCUCAGAUAACCAGCAGCCCAUCGAACAGGUCAACGCAGUUAAAACACGGAACCACCCGACCCGAAAAACACAUUGGGACUGCAGCUAUUGCGGGUCUCACCACCCGCCCAGGAGAUGCCCAGCCUUCAACCAAACGUGCACCAUCUGUAAGAAGCGCGGACACCUUCCCUCGCGAGCGACAUCGUCACUCACCGCUCUAUUGGACACGGGCGCGACCGUCAACGUAAUAGGCGUUCGAACAAUCACGAAAAUCAGAAGAAAAGGAAUAAAACUCCCCGAUAUAGACACCUCGAAGAGAAUCACCCUCACGAUGUUCGACAAAAGCUCAACGAAAACUCUAGGAACCAUCGAAAUACCAGUACGACGGAAAGGAAGAGAGCAAAUCCUAAAAUUCCUGGUCGUGAAGGGCGAUGUCGACACCAUACUAUCAGCUCGAACAUGCCUCGACUUGGAAUUGAUCAAUACAGCAGACGAAGUCCAAUACGUGAAUCAGGUGAACACGGGAGGUUACGAGAACCGCCUGCUGAAUCUCACUAAGGGAUUCCGAGAUAUCUUCGAAGGCUUGGGUAAGUUACCCCAAAGCGUUAAGAUUCACAUAAAACCUAACGCGAUACCGGUCCAGCAGCCACCACGCCGCAUGCCAGUAGCACUAGUCGAACCCCUGGUCAGUCGAUUGAGAGAAAUGGAGGCAGCCGGUAUCAUCGAAAGAGUCGACCACCCAACAGAGUGGGUAAGCAACAUAGUCCUCAAGAGUAGGACUGACGAGGACCCAGACAUCCGACUCCAGGGCGAGAAAAUCCAAAUUAAGAAACACGCGAAAUACCUGGGGGUCGUCUUGGAGCAAAACCUGACGGGAAAGACGCACAUUGAAGAGACUCUGAAGAGAGCAACACAAAUGGCCGCCAGUACGGCCAGGAUACUACCGAGGACGUACGGAGCGAGCGAAGCCCAGAGGAGGAUGCUAGCUACGGUGUCCGAAUCGAUCGCACUCAACAUAGUCCCCGUACAACGGGAAGGGAGAAAACUCCGAAUAUGUCUCGACCCCCACCAUCUGAACAAGGUCAUCGAACGCCCGAGGUACCCCAUGCCAACAUUGAACGAGUCCUUGCACAAACUCAGGAACGCCAAGAUUUUUUCAGUGCUCGAUGCUCGGGACGGACUCUAUCAAAUGCAGCUCGACGAACGAAGCGCUGACCUGACCACGUUCUGGUCACCUAUCGGCAGGUUCCGAUACAGGCGCGUCCCGCAGGGCAUCGCGAGCGCACCGGAGGAGUACCAAAAACGACAGGUACAAGCAUACGAAGGGCUCGAAGGUGUCAUCGUGGUGGCCGACGAUACAUUAGUAUAUGGAUCGGGCAAGACAAUCGACGACGCGAGAGAAGACCAUUUAAAGAACUUGGAGGCGUUGUUCCAACGGGCAAGAGAAAUCGGACUCAAAUUCAACAGAGAUAAGAUGAGACUUGGCCAAUCCGAGGUCAGGUUCCUGGGCCACAUCAUCAGCCGCGAGGGGCUCAAAGCAGACCCGGACAAAGUACGAGCGAUUCAAGAAAUGAAACCCCCAGGCGACGUCAAAGGAAUACAAACCUUCCUCGGAUGCGUGAACUACCUUCUACAGUUUCUGCCGAAUCUUUCGGACAUGACGGAGCCUCUCAGGAAGUUGACCCAAUUCGAGAAGUACACGUUCGCCUGGCAGUCCGAACAACAAAAAGCUUUGGAAAGGAUCAAGGAUCAACUCACUAGAGCACCAACUUUGACAUAUUUCGAUCAGGAGAAAGCCAUCACGAUCCAAACAGACGCCAGUGACUUCGGUUUAGGAGGAGUAAUGUUACAGGACAACAAACCAGUGGCUUUCACCUCGCAUACGCUCACGAGUACCGAGCGGGCAUACGCAACGAUCGAAAAAGAAUGUCUAGCCAUCCUCACCACAUGCUCGAAAUUCGACAAGUAUCUAUACGGCGCCAGGGAAGUGACCAUACAGACGGACCACAAACCCUUAGAAACCAUCUUCAACAAGCCGCUCGAUGCCUGUCCCAAAAGACUUCAACGGAUGCGGCUCGCUCUUCAACAGUACCCGAUAAAAGUGGAAUACAUCAGGGGCAAAACAAACUUCAUAGCGGACGCCUUAAGCCGAAAGAAAAGCACAGACGAGUCACGGGACCACUCAAAACGGCCAAACUUCUGGUCCAGCGACGACUAA